AUGCGGUUUUUGGUGCCUGGAGUCACCAAGAAGGGCAAAUGGACUGUGAGUUCUGCAGAGGGCAUCGGUGCAGGCAUGGCUGGUGCGCCGGCCAAGCCAUGUCCAAGUCAUGCUGGAGUACCGUGCAGAUUUGUACGGCAGCGCUCUAGCGGCACUUUCACCAAGGGCUUCCCAUUAAAUGGCACCGCUGGACGGGCCUCACCGGAAACCGUGCUGGCCUUGCUGGAGUGCAGGUGCGACCCCACCGAGCAUACGGAGCAAGGCUUCGGCGCGCUGCACUCCGUGGGCGUCUUUGGUCGGGCCAACCUCCGGUGCUUGGAAACCGCUCGUUUGCUCCUGGACUGGCGCGCGGACGUGAAUCUUGCAGCGGGAAACUCUGACUGGAUGAUGACUAUGGAGGUCCUAACAGCACGCAUGCGCGUGGCACUCUUUGGCCUGGCGGACUCCACGAGCUACUCGCGGAAGGUGGCCUCCAUCCAUGGCGCCACGCCGCUGCACAUGGCCGCCUUGCAGGGCGACAAGGGGCUGGUCAAGCUCCUGUUGGAAUAUGACGCGGAGCUUUCGCCGAACAGGCGUGGGGACACACCGGAAGAUUUGGCCCGCGCCUGUGGGCACCACGACCUGCUGCCCAUGCUCUCGGUCUUCCAAGUCUGA